ACAAUCCAGGUGACGUGUCUGCCCUCCCCCGGGCAGGUGAGACGGGAGGCGGAGUCAGAGAACAGGUGCACUGGCGAUGUGGAGCCCGUAAGACCCCCUUAAACCCAAGGCGGGACCCACCAAGGAAGGUUUGGAGGAGCCGCGAGCGCCGAGACAUGAGCACCACCAAGCAGUGGGAUAUCAGCAAGGCCCUGGCCGUCGCCAGUUUGUUCCAUUUCUUCCACAAUGUGGGGAAGUUCUGCCUGAUUCCCUUCCUCACCCUCUACUUCAGGCAGCUGGGCCUGGCAGCGCCCCUAGUGGGCAUCGUCAUUGGCUUCAAGCACGCGGUGCAUCUGCUCUGGGCCCCCCUGUGCUCCUUCCUGGCCAAGAGUCACCGCAAGCGAAGGUUUUUCAUCAUGGCGUCCCUGCUGCUCUCCGCGGGAGCUGGGGGCGUCUUUGCCUUCUACCCCCCAUUGGAUAAGAACAUUGCGUCCAUGUUCUGCAACACCAGCAUGCCAUGGAAGGAACAGUUCAACCCACCCGUAGGCAUCAGUGUUUCUGUCGAUGAAUAUUUCAACACCACCUAUGCAGCACCCAGCGACCAUCACACCACAGCAGGGGCACCUACUACCCUCAGAGACGGAGAACUGACCACAGAUAUCUCCAUAGACACCACAACAACUUCUCCACUUGACUUGGAGACCUCAGCGCCUCCGUUCUCCAGCUCAUCUCCCGCGACCAGCAAUAAAACUCUGGAACAUCGGACCAGGAAGGUUCCUGGUUCUGGAAAGACCCACAAAGCUAACGGCACCAAAGCCUCAGCCUCUAAUAGUAAGCAGAAAAGUCCUCCGAGCCACCGUACCUCCGCCUCUGGAACUCACCCCAAUGUUUCCCAGCACCCCUCGGCCAAUAGGAGAAAAGUCAGGGACGUUGGCCUUGAUUUUGCCGACACCUUCCUUGAUCCGGAACACAAAGUCUUCCUGAUUGUGUUGGGUUUGGUCAUUAUCUGGGAACUCAUGGCCGCCCCGUUAGAGUGGAUAGCCGACGACAGCCUGUAUGAAUACCUGGAUUUUGUGGACGCCACGGACAGACACGGCAAGCUUUGGAUCUGGGGGUACCUAGGGGCCAGCAUGGGCUCCAUCUUCAUCGCCUUCCUGGUAGACAACCUCAACUGCUUCGUCAUCUUCAACAUCCCCAGAGUCUCCUUCCAUUUCUUCUGCUACGGCGGCUUCCUGGUCAGCACCUUGUUCCUUAGCGCCCUCUACCCGAUUCACGUUUCCAAGAAAACGGAACAUUCCAACAAAACCGUCAAAGCCCUGGGAUUCCUUGGCAGCGACGGCCGCAUCGUUCUAACUGCCCUCACCGUGUUUCUACUGGGGGCUGUAGGGUCCACCACCCAGAACUUCCUUUUCUGGCAGAUGCAGGACGCAGGCAGCGGCGAGUUGUACAUGGGACUUUCUGUCGCCGCCGGGCUACUCGCCGAACUUACCCUUUACUUUUUCCGGAACAAGAUCCUGAAGGUGUUGACCUUUAAGUGGAUGGUGGUUCUGGGGUUACUCAGUCUGGGGGUCCAGGUUUUGUACUAUUCCUUCCUGUGGGCUCCCUGGUCGGUUCUGGCCGUUCAGCUGCUCAAUGCUUUUAGCAGCGGCGUAAUCUGGUGGGCCAUUAACUCCCAAGUGGUGGACGUGGCGAGCCCUGGCACGGAGAGAUCCCUGCAGCUGGCCCUACGGUGGCUCGCCUACGGCUCUGGCGCCAGCACCGGGAGCUUCGCCAGCGGCUUUGUCAUUACCAGAUUCAGCCUUGCGGUGCUGUACCAGGCCUGCUGCAUCAUUUUACUCCUAUGGAUUGCCGUCUUUCUCUUGGUACAGCCCAAACUGCCCAACAUCAAGAAAAUAAACUACUCGCGGCUGCUGGCCGCCGACAACAGCGACAUGAGCGAUUCCGACGAAGAACAGGACCGGGACUGGCUAGUAACUGCCAUGAAAGACGAGAAUUCCAAUAGGAAAUGGUAGCCCCUUGGGGAAUAACAGGGUGCCGGGGGGGGGCAGAACUUAACCAUCGGACUGUGACGUUCCGGAAUGUAAAUAAUGUUAUUGUCUUCCAAUGGAUAAACCAUAUUUUACUAUAAUACCUCUUAUGAUUAUUUAUAUUUAUAUCAGUGUUACGUGUGGCCCCCGGGUUUCUAUGGUUUGUAAAUAUGUUUUCUCGCAAUUAUUUCUGGGAGGAAAAAAAUGUGUCCAACUGUGAUCCAAUUGUGUCUCUUACGGCCAAACGCUUGGGAGUAGAACCUUUUUCGUUCCGGUGUGCCAUGUUUAUUAAAUAAGAUUGAACCCA